AUGAGCCUCCAGCUCCCACACCGCGUUCCGAUCCUCCUCAAGGACUGCGCCAGCAAGCGGCAGCUCGACCAGAUCCAUGGCUUGCUCCUCACCUCCUGCCUCCACCGCCUCCCGGGCAUGCGGGCCCUCCUCGUCCGCCGCGCCACCGAGCUCGGCGACACGGCGCACGCGGACCUGCUCUUCUCCUCGUUCCGGGGGACCGAUCCACCUGACGCGGUCGCGCUCUACAACGCCAUGAUCCGGGGCUGCGCCUACCACGGCCCCCACGGCCGCGCCCUCGAUCUGUUCGCCGAAAUGACGCGCCGUGGGGAGGGCCUCGCCCCCGACAGCUUCACCUACCCGUACGUCGUGGACGCGUGCGCGAGGCUGAAGGUGUGGCGGAGCGCCGAGGCGGUGCACUGCCGGGUGCUCAAGGAGGGGCUGGACGCCGUGCCGGCCGUCGGCAGCUCGCUGCUCGCGUUCUACGUCGCCCGUGGCUCGCUGGGCGACGCGAGGAGGGUGUUCGACGGCUUCGCUAUCAAGACCGUUGGCCUGUCAAACAGGAUGGUGUCGGAGUACGCCAAGGCUCGAGAUAUCAAGUCGGCGUGGGAGUUGUUUGAUGCCAUGGCGGAGAGGGAUGUCGUGUCGUGGAACGCGAUGCUCACCGCAUACGUCAAGGCGGCGGACGUCGUGGCAGCAACGGAGCUGUUUGCGAGAAUGCCAGUGAAGAACAUCAUAUCAUGGACGACGAUGAUCAGGGUGCUAUCCGAUGCAGGCGAUUUCGUGGGCAUGAGGAGUCUGUUCAACCGGAUGCCUGAAAGGAACCUGGUGUCCUGGAACUGCAUCCUCUCGAGUUACACCAAGCAUGGAAGGUUCCGGCAGGCGCUCCAGAUGUUUCCUCGGAUGCUGCUUGAAGGUCUCAUCCCUGACAGCUUCACUGUUGUCUCGGUUCUCUCCGCUUGCGAGAACUUGAGGAAACUGAGGCUGGGCAGAUGGAUCCAUGCCAACCUGGUGACUCCGGCGCUCCAGGUCCACGCUGAGGUUGGGACGGCCUUAAUCGAAAUGUACGCGAUGUGCGGUGACAUAGCCCGUGCACUGGUUGUCUUCUUCAAGAUGGACAGGAAGGAUGUCUUCUCCUGGAACGUUAUGAUCAGAGCCCUCGCCGUGCACAGACAAGCUGACGAUGCCUUCAAGCUGUUUGAUCUCAUGAGGAAACUAGGUUUCCGGCCCAACCAUUUCACCUUCAUGGGCGUCCUGCUGGCAUGCAGGUAUGGCUCUCUCGUUGACGAAGGCCGCAGGUUGUUUGGCAUGAUGCAGAAGGACUAUGGCAUUCCACCGUCAUUGCAGCACUAUGGGUGCUUGAUCGAUCUGCUCUGUUGCAACGGCCAUGUCGACGAAGCAGUGGCCGUGCUCCAGGGCAUGCCUUGUCGACCUGAUUCUGAAGUCUGGAGGGCACUGCUUGGCGGGUGUAGGAUUGAAGCUGGCCUCGGAUCAGCCGAGGAAGCGACAAUGGGUGUAGUUCAGUCAAGCGGUCAUGAGAUGUGUGUGGCAUCGACAUGA